CUUCCGCUUUAAUUGACGCUGGCUUGACACGAUUCUGCGAUAUUAUGAAACUGUGCUCCACUGUCACGUGAGGACCUUAGGUGAGGGGAUAGAUGCUGACGUCAACAUUUUCAGUGGGAAGACAGUGAAAGAACUUUCCCAUCAUGCAGUUGGAGGCUCAGCUGCGCCUGUGUCAGAGUUGUUUUUGGUGCUGCAAGAGUGGGCUCCGGCUGUUCUCCCAGAGCUAUACGCAAAGAAAAGCUGCGACCUACUACGACCUCCUGGGAGUCAAAUCUGAUGCCACGUUGGAGGAAAUAAAAAAUGCAUUUUUUGACAAAUCCAAGAAGCUGCACCCAGACAGCGACCCAUCAAACCCGGCGCUACACAGCCAGUUUGUGCAGCUGAACGAUGCCUACAGGGUGCUGAGCAAAGAGCUGAGCAGGAAGGAAUAUGACUUCAAAAUCCAACGGCCAUACGGAGGGGGCCAGACUUUCAGAACUACCUCUAGCUACAGAGCCAGUGCGGACACCUACGAGAACAUCCGUUACUGGGAGCAGUUUCGUCAGUCUCCGGAGACGAAAGCCGAGGAGCAGCAGAAGAAGAGGAAGAGAAACUUCCGCCUAGUGGUUUACUGUGUCAUCGCUAUGAUGCUCAGCAUAGGAGCCCACGCUGUCCUCUUCAAGAAACUGGAAGAAGUUCACAGUAACUUCAUGGAUGAGAAAGACCGAGUCAUCACGGAAAUUUACAAUAAAGCCAAAGAAAGGGCGAGGAUCAACGGUUUUAAGAAACAGAUGGAAAUCCUGCGGCAGAAGCACACGGAGUUUAAGGAGAAAUACAAACGCAGCGAUGUUGGAGACGACAAGUAGCAGAGUCUCUAACUGUCCUCAGUGAUGGUGGAGCUUAAACUGCCGGCAGGUGGACUGAGCUAGUUGUGGUGUUAGUUUUAAAAACCUUUUUAAACAUAUUUCCACACCUGUUUCUGCCCUCAGAUGUGAGGCUGAAAUCUGCAGAGAGAUGAUGUGAUUCAGGGGGAUUUCAUCUGGUCAUAUAUCCUGACCAGACUAAGCUUUUUAUAUUUUAUGGGACUACUCUGUUUAUAGCGAUGUGACCAUCAGACGGGUCCAGGUGCAAACCUGUAAGCGGUCCCAAUCCCAAACCUGUUAAUGGUUUGUCCACAGGAGCCAUAAUGAGCUCAAUCAAACUGCCCCAAACAGACUCACAGGAACAUGCUGUUUGGUGUUUAUUGUGCUCAGCUUCAUUUCUGUUACAGCUGUGCAGCAUCUGGAACUCGCAUGUAACAGUGAAUAAUGCAACAUGACAGCUGAUUAAGUCAUGAAGGGAGAGACUCUUAUUCACACCAGUGAUUCUUUUUGUUAAAAAAUGUCUGAACGCACAAAGUGUGGAAUCUUUGUUGGUUAUAGUGGUUCACGCCUGAUAUAUAGUCAUAGUAUUUAAUUUUUGGACCCUCUGUAUUUCCUGCCAACAAAUAUCAAUUUGUUUGAAACAAAAACUCUGAAUGAUCUAAAAAAAGUGCCAAUGAGUAAGUUAUUUAUUGUAAAUUAUUGUAAUAAUGUUAAGAAAAUAAAUUUAAAGGAAAGCUCAGACACAGAAAGUUUAAUCGCUGAUGGUUGUUUCAUCCUCCAUAACCAACAUUUACCAUUUUGCCUGUCAGCCUUUAGACAUCAUAUUGUUUUAUGUUUUUUUUUUCUGCCUUAUCAAAUCCUUCAGGGGACAUCGGAGAGAAAGCAUUAAAA